AUGUGGGUGCUGAGCCCCCGCCGGAUGCGGCCCGGAGGUGCGGGUGCCGGGGCGGGCAAGGGGCGGGUCGGGGCGCGGGGGGGCCGCAGUGAUAACCGCGGGUGCCGGGAGCAGACAGCACAGGCGAGCGGGAUGAGCCCAGGACCCCCAGCCCGAGGCAGCAGCAUGGGGUCCGGCAGCCCCCAGCACCUCCUCCCUGUGCUCUGCAUCCUCUGGCUCCUGCCCUCUGCCACUGCCCAGUGGUUUUAUGCCCUGGGCUUGGACGACACCACCCCGGCCCCGGGCACCAGCCCUACAGCGCCCAUCCUGGAUGGGGAGGAAGACGGAGAUGCUGUGGAGCCCACUCGGAAGAUGCUGCUGAGCAAACCCCCGCUGGCAACAGCCCCCAGACGUCGGGACCCCCUCGGCAGGGGCGCGGGGAAGGGUCUGGGCCAUGCCCCCCCCCGCACACGAGGCCAGCAGCGACCCACAGUCGCCCCGGAGAUCUUCGAGGGGAGCGCGGAGGAAGAGGAGUUCCUGCAGAUCAAGACAACAGCAAAGGGGCUGCCCCCGCCGGUGCCCCAAGCCCCAGAGGUGGAUCCUGCAGUGCAGGUGCGCAACGGCUCCGGCUGCGUCUGCCCCGUGCGCCCCGGCCCUCCCGGCCCCCCCGGCCCCAAGGGAGAGAAAGGAGACCGAGGACCCCCGGGGGAGAGAGGCCAGCCCGGGCUCUCUGGGGAGAGAGGGAAGUCCGGCAGCCCAGGGCAGCCGGGUCACCAGGGGCCCCGGGGUCCCCCAGGUCCUCCGGGACCCCCGGGACCCCCAGGCGCUUGGGGAGCCAGGAGCCAGCCUGCCUCCCUUCCCAAGGGAUCGGAGAACGAGGUGAGCACUCGGGCACGUUGA